AUGGAGAGCAGCCUUUCAGCGCGAGGCAAAGCCUUCGCGGCACAGAAGCCAACCUUCCUCGACGUAUUGAGCGAUCUGUGGGCUCCCGAGUCUAACCCCGAUGGAAUUGUGAACAUUGGUCUCGCUGAGAAUAGUCUCAUGCAUGAGGAGAUGGAGAGGUUUAUCAACUCCAACUCGCAAAUCGACGCACAUGCAUUGACCUACGGAGACGGAUUCAGCGGCUCGCACAAGCUCAAAGAAGCCACCUGUCAUUUCCUGAACAGCCAUUUUUCUCCUUGGACUGCGCUUUCUCCCUCCCAUCUGGCCAUUACAUCCGGUGUCAGCAAUGCAGUUGAGUGCUGUGCCUGGGCGUUAGCCGACUUUGGCGACUACAUUCUUGUUGGGCGUCCAUAUUUCAAUGCUUUUAAGACGACGUUUGGAACACGGGCUGGAAUUGAACUUCUUGAAGUCACGUUCGCAACAACGGAUCCAUUUAGCAUGGCCGCAGUCCAACACUAUGAGAAGACAUACGCCGAAGCGAAGAGCAAAGGCUUUCGCAUCAAAGCGCUUCUAUUGUGUUCACCACAUAAUCCUCUCGGACGCUGCUACCCCGAAAAUGUCCUAAGAGAGUACAUGAAGUUUUGUACCAGAAAUGGACUUCAUCUAAUUUGUGAUGAGAUCUAUGCACUGUCUGUCUGGGAGAAUCCUCGCCUGCCUGAUGCUCCAGGUUUUAGAUCAAUUUUGUCUAUGGAUGUCAAGGACGUGAUGGAACCAAGCAUGGUGCAUGUUGUAUGGGGGUUAAGUAAAGACUUUGGCGCAACUGGCUUGAGAAUUGGCUGUUUGAUUAGCCAGUCAAAUAGGCCGCUAUUGGAAGCUGCAGAUGGCAUUUCUCUCUAUAAUUUCCCAUCAAGCCUCGCAGACCAAGUUGCCACAACUGUUUUACUAGAUGACAAAUUCACGAGGGCGUACAUCGCAACCAACCGGCAUCGUUUAGCAGAAAGCUACCGUUUUGCAACAAAUUUUCUCCGGUCUCAUCAAAUCCCGUAUGCCGAGUCUAACGCUGCAUUUUUCGUUUGGAUGAACUUGAAAGAUGCAUUCAAAGGUCGUGCGACCACGGAUGAGGACAUUCUUGCAAAGCUUCGGAAAGAAAAAGUAUACAUCGCAGUUGGGACGGCCUAUGCCGCUGAAGAAGCGGGGUGGUUUCGAAUGGUAUUUGCGCAUCCGCAAAGUGUGCUGGAGGAGGGACUGAACAGAAUGCUUCGAGCUAUCCAAUCAUAG